CUGGUAACUCCAGGAAGGAACUUUCAUCUAGAAGAUCCCUUGAUUCUUUGUUUUGAGUGCUUGCUGAGAUCACUGUAAGUAGCCUGUGUUGAUGGCUGAGCCCAGCUCCUGAGGCAUAGCAGUUGCCAGGUGCACAACUCAGGAGGUCUCUGAAACAAACAUCUGUCCAAAGGCUCAGAUUUCAGAACCAUUCCGUCCCUCUGAAGUUUACCUGGGUCCACAGUCAAGCUGAGGACCGCUCAACUGGUCAGGACUCCAGGAGUUUUCUGUUCAACACUCCAACCCCAAGGAAUCUUUUAAUUCCCAAGGAGCCCCCCUGGCAGUGCACGGCUGCAGCGUCGCUGGCGUCAGACGAGGGAGGCUGCUCGACACUAGGCGGCGGACACACCUGCCCUGGUAGGCGGCCUUCGGCGAGCGGCACGGAGCAGGCGAGCGGCGCCGGGCGCAGUUAUAUGCUUUACUGGUUUUGCUUCUCCAGAGAACCCAGCCUAAGACACAAGUUUCAUUGCAGAAUGAACAUGAAGAAACGUAAUUCGUCUUUGGUGGUAGAGUUAUCUUACCCAGAUUUGGUCAUCAAUGUUGGAAAAGUGACUUUGGGUGAAGAAAACAGAAAGAAGCUACAGAAAGCUCAGAAAGAACAAGAGAAAAUAAAAGUUAUGCAGGCUGUGUGUGCUUUAUUAAAUUCAGGAGGAGGAGUGGUUCGAAUGGAAAUGGCAAACAAGGAGGAGCAUCCCGUGGAGAUGGGACUGGAUUUGGAAGAGUCUUUGAGAGAGCUCAUUGGGCUUUCAGAUUUGCAGGCCUUCUUUGAGACCAAACAACAAGGGAGAUGUUUCUCCAUUUUUGUUAAAUCUUGGAGCAGCGACCUUUUCCCAGGAGACAGUUCCAUCAAGUCCCGCAUCUGCAGCCUGCGCUCUUCACUAUACUUAAGAUCUGGUACCUCGGUGCUUCUAACGGAUUCAAGAGAAGCACUUGAUUUCCUGAAAACCAAGAAAAGGAAUGCAAAAAGCAGCUCAGGGGAAGAACCUUCUAGUAAACAUAUCAGGGUUAUACCUCAAGGCCUGUGUAAGUCAGAUCCUGUUUUCCCAGUUUUCCAAAGAGAUAGGUUUGAAUAUGGUGAAGUCCUGCCUUUUCCUGAGUCCCAAAUCGUAGAGUUUAAACUGUUCUCUACCAAACACGUGCUAACAUAUGUAGAAAACAUAAUUCCAAACUACAUCUCUGCAUUUGCGAACACUAGAGGAGGCUAUCUUUUUAUUGGAGUGCAUGAUAAGAGUAAGAAAGUCCUGGGAUGUGUCAAAGAAAAUGUUGACCCUGACUCUUUGAGAAACAGAAUAGAAAGAGCAAUAUACAAAUUACCUUAUGUCCAUUUUUGCCAAUCCUCAUGCGGGAUAAAUUUCACGCUCAAAAUCUUGGAUGUGUUUGCCAAGGGAGAGCUGUAUAGCUAUGCUUGUGUCAUCAGAGUGGAGCCAUUCUGUUGUGCAGUGUUCUCAGAAGCUCCUGGUUCAUGGAUGGUGGAGGGCAAGCACGUCUGCAGCCUGACAACUGAGGAAUGGGUAGACAGGAUGACAGACACAGACCCAGAUCUUUCGUGGUUGUGCAAUGAUUUUGAAUCUCAGCUGAGUCUAGAUAAUGGGCCUCCUCUUAGCAGACCAGUGUACUCCAAGAAAGGCCUGGAACAUAAGAAGAAUCUCCAGCAAGUCUUAUUUUCAGUGCCAUCAGAACAUUUGCGAUAUACUCCAGAGCCCCUCUGGGAGGAGCUGUCCUCUCAACACGAAGGACUGGAGGAAUUGAUGAAGAAGGAAAUUAGUCCCUUCUCCCGAGGAAUUUUCAUCCUUUCUAGAAGCUGGGCUGUAGACCUGGACUUGCAAGAGAAGCGGGGAGUCAUCUGUGAUGCUCUGCUGAUAGCACAGGACAGCCCCCCCAUUCUUUACACCAUUCUCGGGGAGCAGGAUGCAGAGGGGCAUGACUAUUCCACCCGCACUGCCUUUACUUUAAAGCAGAAGCUGGUGAACAUGGGUGGCUAUACUGGAAAAGUGUGUGUCGUGACCAAGGUCCUCUACCUGAACCCUGAGAGCACUCCAGAGUCCUUGGAGGGUCCAGGCUCUCCAAUAGAUUACCCCGAGUCCUAUAAUCUUGCAGAUACCCAGCAAAUGGAAGUGUUGCUGCAGUCACUUGUGAUCGUCUUGCUUGGCUUCAGAUCUUUUUUGAGUGAUCAGCUCGGCUGUGAGGUUUUUAAUCUGCUCACAGCUCAGCAGUAUGAGAUAUUUUCAAAAAACCUCCGCAAGAACAGAGAACUGUUUAUCCAUGGCUUACCUGGAUCAGGGAAGACCAUCAUGGCCAUGAAGACCAUGGAGAAGAUCAGUAAUGUAUUUUACUGUGAUGCAGAUAAAAUUCUCUACAUUAGUGAAAAUCAGCCUCUGAGAAAUUUUUUGAGUAAAAAAGAGAUCUGCAAUGCAGUGACCCGGAAAACUUUCAUGAAUCGUAACUUUGAAAACAUUCAACACAUUAUCAUUGACGAAGCUCAGAAUUUUCGCACUGAAGAUGGGGACUGGUAUGAGAAGGCAAAAGAAAUCACACAAAGGAAAAAAGAUCACCCAGGAAUUCUCUGGAUCUUCCUGGACUACUUCCAAACCAGCCACUUGGAUUGCAGUGGACUCCCUCCUCUCUCAGCCCAGUAUCCAAGAGAAGAGCUCACCAGAGUGAUACGCAAUGCAGAUCCAAUAGCCAACUUCCUGCAUACUACAAUGCAGCAUAUCAUAAGGAAUCCUCCAUUUAACAUCCCCCCGGAGUCCCUGGAGAUGCUUCGUGAAGCUGAGUGGGCUCAGGGUGUUCGGGGAACCCUAAAAAUUAAGAAGGACUUGAGUCUGAAACAAAUAGUGACCUUCGUGGCAGACACCUGCAAGUGUUUCUUUGAAAGGGGCUAUUCUCUCAACGAUAUUGCUGUGCUUGUCAGCACUGCGAGAGAAGUGGAUACUUACAAGCAUGAGCUCUUGAAAGCAAUGAGGAAGAAAAGGGUAGUGCGGUUCAGUGAUGCAUGUGACAUGUCGAAUGAUCACAUCGUAUUGGACAGUAUCCGGCGAUUCUCAGGCCUGGAGAGGAACAUCGUGUUUGGGAUCCAUCCAAGAGCAGCUGAGCCGGACAUCUCAAACAAUAUUCUGCUCUGUCUGUCUUCCAGGGCAAAACAACAUCUAUAUAUUCUGUGGCGUGGUGACUAUUCAGAAUAAUCUCAAACCAAAACAAGAUGAAGCAAUCACUGUAUAAAUAUCUGUGGGUGAAAGUCUGGUAUUGGCAGAAACUCUCCUUUGGAAUUUGAAACUCCCCCUGUCUGGCUUUCUCCUUUCAGGGACUCCCCCCUACCUCUUUCCAAGGCUUUGUUUGCCCCAAAUUCAGUCCCCUGAUUCUUUCAGCCAGAAAGAUGCUGGCUUUCUACAGGAGCUUUAGAAGCCCUGCACAAUACAGACUAUGACCUACAGUCAGACUGAAAGCCAUAAAAACAAGAACUUAUCUUGUGGUCUUUACAUUCUCCAAGUCUAAACUCUCCUCAAUCACUUCAUGUAGAGUAUGGUUUUUUAAUUUUAUUCAGACCUUGUAGUUUUUAUGUGUAGAAGGGUGGUGUUGUGGAUUGAACUAUAUCCCCCCAAAAUAUGUGUUGUAAACUCUAACCUCUAUACCUGAGGUUGGAGCCCUGGUGGCGCAGUGGAAUCCACCAGUUGCUCCUUGGAAACCCUAUGGGGCAGUUCUACUCUGUCCUGUAGGGUCGCUGUGAGUCGGAAUCGACUCAAUGGCAACGAGUUUGGCUUGGUUUUUUUGGUUAAUUUCCUUGAAGCCCUGGUGGCAUAGUGGUUAAGAGGUAUGGCUGCUAACUAAAAGGCGAGCAGUUCAAGUCCACCAGCCUCUCCUUGGAAGUCCUAUGGGACAGUUCUACUCUGUCCUGUAGGGUUGCAAUGAGUUAGAAUCGACUCGACGGCAAUGGGUUUACUUCCCUUACAAGGUGCUCCAUGCUAUUCUUGUAUAUUGCCUGCCCAAGCCCUAGAAUCAGCCACAUUUCUCCAAGGAACUCUGGCUUCUUUUAUUGGAGAACGGUAUUAGAAACCAAGAUCUGGGCACUGAGUGUGCUGUUUUUUUUGUUGUUGUUGUUGUUGUUGUUUGUUUUUGAUGUUGGCUGUUGUUGUCCGGUGGCUUUUGCAAGAGGUAUACGGCUGUGCUAUCCAGCAUGGUAGCUAUUAGCCACAUGUGCCUAAAAUGAGUAUUUGCAAUGUGGUUAGUCUGAAUUGAGAUGAGUUGUAGGUGUACAAUACGCAUGAAUUUUUUUUAUUGUGCUUUAAGUGAAAGUUAACAAAUUGUCAGUCUCUCAUACAAAAAUUUAUAUACACCUUGCUAUAUACUCAUAGUUACUUUCUCCCUAAUGAGACACCACGCUCCUUCUUUCCACCCUCUGUUUUCACUUCCAUUCGACCAGCUUCUGUCCCUGUCUGCCUUUUCAUCUCGCCUCCAGACAGGAGCUGCCCACGUAGUCUCAUGUGUCUACUUGAUCCAAGAAGCUCACUCCUCACCAGUAUCAUUUUCUAUCCUAUAGUCCAGUCCAACCCCUGUCUGAAGAGUUGGCUUUGGGAAUGGUUCUUGUCUUGGGCUAACAGAAGGUCUGGGAACCAUGACCCCCAGAGUCCUUCUAGUCUCAGAUCAGACCAUUAAGUCUGGUCUUUUUACGAGAAUUUGAGGUCUGCAUCCUACUGUUCUCCUGCUCCAUCAGGGGUUCUCUGUUGUGUUCCCUGUCAGGGCAGUCAUCAGUUGUAGCUGGGCACCAUCCAGUUCUUCUGGUCUCAGGCUGUUGUAAUCUCUGGUUUAUGUGGCCCUUUCUGUCUCUUGGGCACAUAAUUACCUUGUGUCUUUGGUGUUCUUCAUUCUCCUUUGUUUCAGGUGGGUUGAGACCAAUUGAUGCAUCUUAGAUGGCUGCUUGUUAGCACUUAAGACCCCAGAUGCCACUCACCAAAGUGGGAUGCAGAAUGUUUUCUUAAUACAUUUUGUUAUGCCGAUUGACCCAGAUGUCCUCUGAAACCAUGGUCCGCAGACCCCUGCCCCUGCUACUUUGGCCUUUGAAGUGUUUGCUUAUAUUCAGGAUACUUCUUUGCUUUUGGUUUAGUUCAGUUGUGAUGACCUCUUCUGUAUUGUGUGUUGUCUUUCCCUUCACCUAAAAUAGUUCUUGUCUACUAAUUAGUGAAUACCCCUCUCCUUCCCUUCCUCCCACUCUCAUAACCAUCAAAGAAUAUUUUCUUCUCUGUUUAAACUAUUUCUUGAGUUCUUAUAAUAAUGGUCUCAUACAAUAUUUGUCCUAUUGCAGCUGACUAAUUUCACUCAGCAUAAUGCCUUCUAGAUUCCUCCAUGUUGUGAAAUGUUUCAUGGAUUCAUCAUUGUUCUUUAUGGAUGUGUAGUAUUCCUUUGUGUGAAUAUACCAUAAUUUAUCCAUUCAUCCAUUGAUGGGCACCUUGGUUGCUUCCAUAUUUUUAUGCACCAAAUUUUAAAAAUUAAUAUAAAAAAAGAAAACAUCACAUUAGUACUUUUUAUUUUGAUUACAUGUUGAAAUGACAAUGUUUUGGAACUACUGGGCUAAAGAAAAUACAUUAAUAAAGGUAAUUUUGCCUGUUUGUCUUCACCCUUUUUACUGUGGUUACUAGAAAUUUUAAAAUUAUGUACGUAGCUCCCGUUUUCUUUCUACUGGACAGCACUAGUGUACGCAUCAUUAGAAUAGUAGGAGCCUCUCAUUGUUGGACUAAGGCGGUUCUUCUCAGUAGGGAGUGGAGUGGUAGGAGGAAGGAGGAAAUGUUGCCCCUCAGGGGACAUAAUAUCUGGACAUAUUUCUGGUUGUCUAAACUUGGGGGGAAUGUGCUAAUGGAAUCCAGUGGGUAGAGGCCAGGGAUGCUGCCAAACAUCCUACAAUGUACAGGAUAGCUUCUCACAACACAAGAAUUAUAUGAUCCAUAUGUCAAUAGUGCUAAGGGUGACAAACCCUGGACUAGAAGAAUAGUAUAUAGUUCUAAAAAAAAAAAGUUCUAACCUCCCAUAAAUAAGUAUUUCCAGGUUUGAAGAGUAUACCAGGUUAGAUUUUUAAUCUUAUCAAGAUGA